CUUCACAGUAUCAGUCUUCUGAGAUAUAUCUCAGUUUUCCCCUCAGCACAUGUACUGAAUCCCUAGUGUGAGUUGGUUUUGGUAAAAGUUCAAGAUACCUUGCCUGCUGGAGCGGGAGGAGGAUGGAUUAAGACCCAGCUACUGCCAGUAGUUAACAAAAUAGUAAAACCUGAAUACUUAGUAGAAGAUCUGACAACAGCAAAAUACAUUCGGGCUUUACCAGAUUGAUCAAGUAAAGGGUAGAAAGAAAAAGAAAAUCCAGGAAUGUCUAGUAGUUUAAUUUCACUGCUUUGAUGUUUUCCUCCUAAAUAUUUUUUUUCAUUUUGGUCUCCCUUUACUUUUCACCACUGGCUUUGUUUUAGCAUCUUUUGGGUCAAAUGAGGAUUUGUAGUCCGUCCAAAUAAAAUUGUCAAAAGAGUUUUUCGAACAGCCAGCAAAUGAGGUGAUGCAGUGUGUGUAUGGCUCAGAGCCACAGUUCAGCAGCAGCUGGUCCAGCACUUUGCAGUGCAAAAGCUACCACCUGAGUUACCUCAAUUGGAGUGAAGUGCUGUGGAUGUGCUGUCUCGCUGUAGGUUUUCUCCUGAUUUUUGUUUCUCUCACGAAUAGCCUCUUCAGUUUUAGGGAGAGCAGUGAUUUGCAGCAUCCUGUUGUGGAAGAAGGCACUGUAGGACUGGGUCUUCCUGAUCUCCAACACUCUGCCUCAGAGCUGUGUACCUGGGGCUUCUGUGUUAUCUAUCUUCUUUCCUUAAAGGAAGAGAUUUAGUUAUCUUUGUCUCAGUUUCCCAUGGAGCUUGGAGGGGGGCUCUAUGUGGGUGUGACCUCAUGUGUACAAGGAGUGAAUGGUCCAACUUCUGUGUUAUUUUUUUUCUAUCAGUCCUGGGGAGGGUACUUGGAAAAACAAACAGGGCAAACCCACUGACUCUCUUCCUAGAUGGUCAGACAAUCAUCAGAUAAUAAUCAGAUGUCAUGAAGGAUUUCAACUGAAUAAAUAAAGCUGAAGGAUUGAAAGGUAUAAACAAUUAAAAUAAUAGGACAAUGUACUUAAUUUUCAAAGUUUUGUGUCCAAAUAUAUAUAUAAAGCUGUUAAAAAGAUUUCUUGAUUCCUUUUAAUAAGAUUAUCCUUAAGGUAGUAUCACUGAAGGUGUAUGUACACGUGAGCUGUUGUAUAUUCUGAUUUACACAUGUUUGCACGCUUGUACUUUGGCAUUUCAUUCAUCUUCAGCUACAGGUAUUAGACUCUUAUUUUCCCAUUCUUGCAUAUUGACAUAGAGAUCAGCAAACUUUCAAGACUGUUUAGUGUUAGUUUUUUUCCUGAAAUCAGAGGGAAAUGUCAGCAACAGAAAUUCAUCCAAAUCUGAGCAAUGCUGCUGGACAAAAAGGGAAGACUCUGUGAGCUGUCCUGCUGGCAUCAACAUGCCUUUGUGUGAAGCAGCAACUCUAUCUCUGGCUGCCCUCAGAAUGUGGGAAUUGCUGCCUGUUUUGCUGUCUGCUGCUUCGGUCCUCAGCCACCCUACUACCAGCACUGUGCACUGCUGGCCUAUGGGCUAACCCUGCUGGUGGAGGACGCUAUUUUUGAGUGCUUGCUUUAGAGUGACUUGAACUGACUGCUAGGCAUUUAGUAUUAGGCUUUGUCAUAUUCUGAUAAAAUACUGGCAUCGGAGCAAGCAGGCUAGAUCAUUUGGAUUUAUUCUGCCCUCAGGUGUGAAUGACCCAAUCAGCUAAAUUCUGUGCAUUUAUAUGCUAUUUCCAUGGAAAUUAGUUUGGAUAAAUUCUGUGGCAUAGGUAACUUGAAUUUGACCUGGUGAUGCUUGUCCAGAUAAAGGCUAAGAAAUUAAUGUUAGGCAGUUCUCACAAAAGGGUAAAGAACAAAGAUCGUCAGUUGCAGAUUUAAACCAAACUCUGUCUUCUUAAAUAUAUGAUAUUUCAGUACUUAUAUGUGCAUUUUCUAAGCAAAUAUUUUAAGAGAUUCGAGAGCUUCGUCAGAUGACAUGCCCAAAUUGCAGACUGAAAUGUGGAAUCACUGCACCGCAAUCUUAGUUUACUCCUAUUGAAAUGUCUAUUUUUGGUAAUGUUUCCAGAUAACCUGUAUUUUAGCUUUUUUUUUUAAUUUUUAUUUUUUUUUUUAAUUAAGAUGAGUACUGUCGUUUUGGGACUUGUAAGUUUUCUUGUAUGAGCUUGGGAUCUUCAGUAGCAUAGCAGAUUUUGAAAUACUGCCAGGGAUGAGAGCUAAUUUUUUAGAGUGAAGAAUGAGUUUUGUGGCUUUUAGAUAUAUUUAUUUAAAAUUUCCUUCCUUACUGGUAAUUACUUAAAUAGAUAAGCUAUAUUGGCAGAUACUUUGGGAUAAAUAGAGCAACAUCGAGCAAAGCAGUAUAUCUUUCAGGGAAAAGAUUUUUCCUUAAGAGAAAUGAAUUCAUGUAAAUAUUUUAUUCAAAUAUGAUGUUUUAUAUGUUCAGGCAAGAUCGUAUGUAGGGUUACUCUAAAACAUUUAGCCUUGGCAAAUGUUUAGCCUGUUUGUUGAUCUUAGAGUGUUGCAGUGUUUAAAAUGCAUUUGGUGUAUUGUAAAGUCAACGUUUAAGAAAAAGACAAACGCAUAUUAUUAGUGAUAUUUUUAAAAUUUAAUUGAAUAAAUUAACUGUUAUUUGUAUAGAUGAGAACUUGGUUCAGAAAAUGAUACUCCCGAUAAUCCCAAAUAAAAUAAAAUUUUCAUAAAUGGAACACUCAGUCAUUGUGAUUUUGUUAACCUUGGUAAGUAAAUUAGCACAUGUAAUUUCAAAUCAUACAAUCAUCAUUCAAAAUAAGACAAGCUAAGAAGGUUUUAAAGUGAUAAUUGUUUUAAAUCAACACAAAUUUCAUAGGCAAAUGUCUAAUUUUGGUGUUUUCUGAAUCCAUCCAUUUCUUUUUGUGGAUGCCAGGUCAGAACUUGGACACAGAGUAGGUACAGUAUUCCUUCUGAGGAAACUCCAAAGAAGUGAACGUAAGGGCGUAUUUCCAAAAGACAAAUUAUCUAAUUUCCUACUUGCUUUCUCUAUAAAAUAUUUGCAUGACAGUUAAAGCUAACAAGUACUAGCAAAUAGUGUUUUUUAUUUAUGAAGUAAUGAGAGAAAUGUGUAUAAUAUUUGUGCUUGAGAGCAAUGGAAGAAAACUAAUUUGGAGUAAAAGUUCAUUUCAGUGACGAAUGUUAUCAUGCUGUGUUUGACAGGUCAUUGUAAUCAGCAAAGAAGAGGAACAAUGUAUUUUUGCAUGGUGAGGGAUAACUUGGAGGAUUUGUUCUUAUUUUUUCCUAAUGCAUGUUAAAGCAAUUAUAAUUACAGAGAAAUAAAAAGUCUCAUACAAGUAAACGGAUCUUUUCACAUUACGAAACAGGUUGCUCUGUGACUUGCAGAUCUGCAGUUAAGAAAUAGAUGGUAUAAAUGAAGAGACACCAAAGCAUUCCUUGAUAGAUGAAAUACAAGAUUUGAUAGAUUGUGUGUUUCUUCUCAUUGAAGUUGGUAGGAUUUUGAGGCAUACAGGUAAUUGAGAAUUAUGUCUGCUUUUUCUGGUUAUUUAUCUGGGAGUAACUCUGACAUCUGGUGAAAAGAUACAGUCACAGAAAUGAGUAUUAUUUGAUAACUGUUAGCAAAUUUAGGUUCGCUAGUGCAGAAGACCAUCUCAGAUGUGUUCUUUAAGAUGGUCCCCUUAAUAAAUUACGGAGAUGAUUUAGCUUCUUCACACAUCUUCUGAAGAGAGCUGAAACUGGAAGGCAGUGGAAGGCUUAGGGUGUCUAUCCAUUGAAGACAGAACAUAAGAAAAAGUUUCUAAAAAUGAUGACCAGAGCGUAGCAGAGCGUAUGUGCUCUAGUUAACAGGUGAGCCAUAGUAGGGAGGCAUUUUAAAAGUUUUAUUCAGAUUCUUGACCGUUAGACAACAAGCCCAAACAUCAAUCAGUAUCCUUACAUGUUGUGCCCUGAGAAGCAGACAAAGCAAUGUAUUUUGCCGCCUCCGGGCCCUCACAGAAUUAACUGGUGUGCUCGUUCCACUUUUACUCUGGUGAUAAACCUGCUCCACAGAACUCAUUCUAAUGUACACAUCUAUUUGCUGCUUAACAGCAGGGAUUUCUUGAAACAUGUGACUUUGAUGUGGUGCUGCUCUUUGGUCUCUACUGAGCAGAUCUGAGGCACAAAGGCAGCCCGGGGCCUCGUGCCAGGCCUGCUGCUUGUGCCAGGCCCCUGCGUGUGCCGUGGAUGGAGGUCUGGAGGCUUGAGGGCUGUCGCCUUGGCACGUUGCACCAGAGCUAAACUGACGUUUAGGAAAACUAACAAUUCUCAGAUGCUGUCCUGCUUCUGUACCUUAGCAGGGCUAGCUUUCCAAGCAGGAUUUCUAGCUCCCUGUAUUCAUAACAUAGAACUCUGGGAAUUUGGUAAGGGUUAAGGCACCGUAAGUGACAUCACACGUUAUAAAAUGACAAUUCGGAUAUCCAUGAGGAAUCUGUUGGUUUUUAAAAUAUUGUUUCAUACUCAUUGUUACAAGUUACGUAUAUGUAAAGCAGUUGCCUUGGGGAAAGGAGGCUUGUAGGUGCAUAUUGCACUUUAGAACAUUGCACUUUCACUUGUUGACUUUUUAAAUGCAAUUGGUACAAAAAAUUCUGCUCAUUUAGAGGGCCUAACAAUCCCAUCAGUAGAAGUGACAUGACUGACCGUAGAACCUACGAGUGUCUCUAUGAUGAUGCUGCCUUCACUUCAAAGUCCACAAUUGUGUUAAGAGCAUUCACAUUCCUCAUUUGUCAAGUGAAUUUGCUUGGUCUCUUAAGGGAAGACUCGGCGGUUUUUGUUUGCCAGGACUUGCAUUUCAUUUCAGAAAAUGAAGAGAAGGAAGAAGAGAAUGUAUCACUUUGGAAAAGCUUUUAUCUGCAGAGUGAUUUGCUUGGCUCAUCCUUUCCCACAGAAUAAUGUCUUUUUAGGAUUGUUUCAGCAUUCAUUUUCUGAUGAUAGAACUGGAAAUAGCAGCCCAGUUCCAUCGAUUAGUAUGGACUAUGUGAAAUGGAUAUUUUCAACAGGAAAAAGAAUAGUUUUCACCCUACUUCUCAUAGUAAUCACUUCACUGGAUCCAUUAUGUUCACUUAUUACUGGACAGUCUAUAAUAAUCUGUUUGUGUUGGGGGGAGGAGGGGUUUAAACCAAGAAAUAAACAUCAGUAAUUUGUUAUCACAAAGCCACUGGGGGUUUUAAGAAUGUUACUAUGACAAUUGGUACCACUGCUGUUGAAUACUCUGUGGCACUUUCCCUCCCCCCAUUUUUUAAAAAUAAAGAGCCUGCUUCUCUUUGUGUAGAGGAUGACCUGACAGCCUGUGAAGAACAGUUUACCCUCAGUAUAGGGGGCAGCCUGAACUCUUGAGUAAAGCUCUAGGAGGGGUUUCUGCUUAUCAGUUUCCAAAAUUACCAGUAUUCAGUUUCUAUUGGAAAGUGUUCCCGUGACAGGGAGUUGGACUAGAUGGUCUUUAAGGUACUUCUCGCCUCAGACCAUUCUACAAUUCUGUGAUUUGCACAAGAAGCACGUGUGUGACUAUGUGGUCUAUCACAAGCUCUCAUGUGCUUCGUUAAGGUAUUUUACUGCUGUUGUCUCACUGGCUCUCCCUGAAAAAAUAUAGCUUUGAUGUUUUAUAGCUGCAUGAAGGUGCCUUUUUUUUUACUACUGCAUUUUAUUUCUUCAUUGCGUCCCCAAAUCCCAGCUCGUCAUACUCUGAACAAAAUGUGUUUUCUUUAGCUGCCUCUGCCACUGACCUAGUACAAGCUUCUCUUCUUACUUCAUGGUAUCUCACUGUUGCUGAUGCAAAAUCUGGCAGCUUCCCUUUUCAACUUUGUUGCUGUGAUGUGCUCCAGCCAUGUUAAGCCUUUUGAUCACCUUAUUUUUUGUAACCUGGCAAAGUUCUUCGCUCAACAGGUAACUCCAUCAGAGUUUUAUUUCUUAAUUUGUAGCUUCUUUGUUUUUAUCAUCAAUGUCAUCAUCACCAUCAGUAUUUUAUCUUGAUUUCUAAUUAUUGUUUCAGUGACAUCUGCUUGAGCUGUGUUGUUCUUAAGUCUGGAUUCUUAUAUUCUUUUUCUGGAAUAAUUGUCAAGAAGUCUUGGUAUUGUUUGUAGGCUUGAGACAAAGAGUAGAUGGUAGCAAUAGAGAUGAUGGAAUAAGAUCUGAUGAGAGACACUGGACAAGAGAAUGAGCUGGAGGAUGAACAUAGAAUGAAACAGAAUCCAGGAGUGAAGAAGUGAGAUUAAAAUAAAAUAUUACCCUGGAGUGGAAAGGGAAGGGAAGGAAAAGGGAUGGAUAGAAAGGCUGGAGAAUUGAUGUAAAAACAAAUAAGCUGGCUAUACUAGAAAUUUCCAGGCUGAAAAAGUAAGAACAUCUUAAUGUGUUUGUUGUUGUUGUUGUUGUUUGUUUGUUUUUUGAGAAUUUAAUUCUGCAAAUGACUUAAAUAUAUGUCUGAAUUGAAGCACCUGCCUGGUCCAGUAAUUCCUCAGAAUAGAUGGUGACCCAUAUAGUUUAUAGCCUUAUGCAAAGCCUGCUGAAGGCGGUCUAGCAGUGUCCAUUGUAUACAGCGGGCUUUGGAUCAGGCUUCUGAACCUCUGAGCACGCAUUUAAGGAAGCACCUGAAAGAUAAUGCAUGGAGAAAUUCCUGACAUCAGUAAGGAAAUGGCGUAGCUGGUUUAAUAGCUUUUUCUCAGUCUGUGAUUCUAACAGCCAGGUUUGUGAUAUUUAUUUUAGUAUUCAUGUUCUUGCAGUCCUUUUUACAUUUCCCUGUUUUUCUCUGGCAGACAUCCCGCAGCUCCAUAAGUCUGGGGGAAGAGGAUGGUUAGCACGUUGUUGCUGUGGGGAUUUGAGUCUUAGUGCUUUGUGUUGGUAAUGCUGGGCAUAUAAAUUUUAAAACUUGCAUACUAGAGAUGCAGAUAAUUAUUUUCCCGCUACAUUUCAUACUCUGGUCUAGGCAAGAAAGAAAUUUCAAAAUAUUAAAAGAAGAGAAAGUUAUGAUUGUGGGGACCAUUGGAAAUGGAAACAGCAAGAGGGAUGUAAUGGAUGUAAGUCUAGUUAUCAGUCAAGCUAGAAAAAGGCAGCUUGUUCUGUCGAACACCAAGAAUGUUUGUAGUCAGCCAACCACUUAUGCAGGAAAGCAGCCCUAGACUGAAAGGUUUUCCAAAGAGAGGUGUGCUGAUUAGAUAAGAUGUCAUGGUCUUCUCCCGUCGAUGUAGGAAGAUAGCAGAUAUGAUCGCCUGAGAAAGCAGAGCUACCCAGUGCAAGCAUGGCUUUCGCCCAGUCACACAUUAUGGCAGCUAGAAGGCAUCAGCACAGUAGACUCAUAAUUGAAGUGGAUGAGUACAGCUCCAACCCCACACAGGCUUUCACGUUCUACAACAUUAACCAGGGACGUUUUCAGCCCCCACAUGUGCAAAUGGUUGAUCCGGUGCCCCAUGAUGCUCCCAAACCUCCAGGGUAUACUCGAUUUGUCUGCAUUUCUGAUACUCACUCGAGAACUGAUCCCAUCCAAAUGCCAUAUGGAGAUGUGUUAAUACAUGCUGGUGAUUUCACUGAGCUGGGACUUCCUAGUGAAGUAAAAAAAUUCAACGAGUGGCUAGGUAGCCUGCCCUAUGAAUACAAGAUUGUGAUAGCAGGAAAUCAUGAAUUGACCUUUGACCAGGAAUUCAUGGCUGACUUAAUCAAGCAGGACUUUUACUAUUUCCCCUCUGUUUCUAAGCUGAAGCCAGAGAGCUAUGAAAAUGUACAGUCUCUUCUAACAAACUGCAUCUAUCUUCAAGACUCUGAAGUGACCGUGAGGGGAUUCAGAAUAUAUGGCUCCCCUUGGCAACCAUGGUUUUAUGGCUGGGGCUUUAAUCUUCCACGAGGCCAAGCAUUAUUAGAGAAGUGGAACCUUAUUCCAGAUGGGAUAGAUAUUCUUAUAACACAUGGACCACCUCUCGGUUUUCUAGACUGGGUACCUAAGAAAAUGCAACGGGUAGGAUGUGUAGAGCUGCUGAACACAGUCCAGAGACGAAUACAGCCAAGGCUUCAUGUGUUUGGACAUAUCCAUGAAGGUUAUGGUGUCAUGGCUGAUGGAACUACUACCUACGUGAAUGCUUCUGUGUGCACUGUGAAUUACCAGCCACUAAAUCCACCUAUAAUUAUUGACUUACCUACUCCGAGGAAUACAUGAUUAUAAUAAAGGAUUUCAUGUUGUGCCCAACACAUUAGCAACUUUAUAUUGCUGGCUGAGAAUCCCAUUAGGGAACUGUUCAACAAGAAAAGUCCUUCUUCUCUUUUUCCUGCUAGCUCUUCACAGAUAAAUCUGAGUGACAAAAACGGAUGAUGAACAAAGACUUUUUGGUGCCAGAAACAGAUUAAAGACAUAUCACCAUUAAAAUGUUUGUGAACACAGAAAAGUGAAUGCAUUCCACAUCUAUAUACAUAUACAUCUCUCUCUCUCUCAAGUAGGGACUUUUGUAUAUACCGUACAUUAUAUUGGACUAACUAAAAGAACAGUGUCUUUCAGAGGAAUGUUUCUUCAAGAAAGUUUGCAGUUUAAACAGAGUUUAGACUAGGAUUUCCUCAUUUCAGAUGUUUCCCAUUGAGCUCUUGAUAAAAGUGAUGUUAAAGAUGUUUUCCCUUAACACAGGAUACACAAAAGAUGCUUCAUAAAUGACCAGCCACAAGAGGAAAGCUAUUAUUUCAAGCCUUCCAGGUCUUGAGUCCUUGCAUCUAUUCCAAACCAAUGCAAUAGAGGUCUUAAUUCACUGUACUGAAAUGAAGUUUGCUACAUCUGACAUUAAGGGAAAGGAUGCAUAUUGCCAGCAUGUUCUAAACAGCUCAAAAUCUAAGAAGGGAGAAGGGAGACUGUGUUAAGUGCAGUAUAAACUCAGGAAUUUGAGAGCUGAUUUCGCCUGUGGGGAAAAAAAAAAAAAAAAAAGAGACGUUUCCCUUAAAAAAAAUGAAGGAGUAUAACUGUGUUUUCAUAUGGUAAGGCAAUGCGUGAUUGUCUGUAAAAAGAAAAAAAAAACAAAAA